CGUGUUUGGUAACACUUGCCCGACAUAUCGAUAACUAUUUAUUGCGUCUCAAAAAUAUCGGCCAGGCCAGUAUCGAUAUAUGUUGACGUCUCUGCACUUCACUCGAAUUGGAGACAGUUAAAGUCAAUAUUUCGACGCUUUCGGUUGGAAGAGCGGCUGGACGGGCACGAAUUGGCAAUUGCAAUCGAAUUGAUUUCAACUUUAACUGAAGAGGCUCAGCAACAGCGAAAGCCAGCUGCAAUCUGCCAAGAGGAGGCCAUUUAUAUAUAUGUCUAUAUAUACAUAUAUAUAUAUAUAUAUAUAUAUAUAGUCGUAUAAAUCAUAAUUAACGUACGGCGUCUGCUUGUUUAGACAUAUUUGUUUAUUGCCUUUGCUUUUGCCUUUGCUGUUGCUAUUGACAUUGCUUGCCUGAGGUGAACAGUCGCAUGGCAAACAGAAGCGCAGCCGCCGACGUCGGCGCCAAUCUGAAGCCAAAAGUUAAUGGCCUAAUGGGCAGCGGCGAUUCGUCCAGCUACCCAACAACAACAACAAAGACAGCAGCAGCCUCAGCCGCAGCUGACAAGUUGGAGCAAUUGCAGGAUGGGCUCAGCUGCAGCGAACUGUUUAAAAAUGGCGAGGGCCUUACCUACAACGAUUUUCUCAUAUUACCCGGCUAUAUAGACUUUGCCGCCGAGGAGGUCGAUCUUAGCUCGCCGCUAACGAAGGGCAUCACGUUGCGUGCACCGUUAGUCAGUUCGCCCAUGGACACGGUAACCGAAUCCGAGAUGGCCAUAGCCAUGGCGCUGUGUGGUGGCAUUGGGAUCAUCCAUCACAACUGCACGCCGGAGUAUCAAGCGUUGGAGGUGCACAAGGUUAAGAAAUACAAACAUGGCUUUAUGCGCGAUCCGUCGGUGAUGUCGCCGUCAAAUACCGUUGGCGAUGUGCUCGAGGCCCGUCGCAAGAACGGCUUCACCGGCUAUCCCGUUACCGAGAAUGGCAAAUUGGGCGGCAAGCUGUUGGGCAUGGUCACGUCCCGUGACAUCGAUUUUCGUGAACAUCAACCGGAAGUCCUAUUGGCGGACAUCAUGACCACAGAGCUAAUCACGGCACCCAACGGCAUCACCCUGCCCAUGGCCAAUGCCAUUCUGGAGAAGAGUAAAAAGGGCAAGCUGCCGAUUGUCAACCAGGACGGGGAGCUGGUCGCGAUGAUAGCCCGCACGGAUUUGAAGAAGGCACGCUCCUAUCCGAAUGCAUCCAAGGAUUCAAAUAAGCAGCUGCUCGUCGGUGCUGCCAUUGGUACACGGCACGAGGACAAGGCGCGUCUCCAUCUCCUUGUGGCGAAUGGUGUCGAUGUCAUCAUAUUGGACUCAUCCCAGGGCAAUUCCAUUUACCAGGUCGAGAUGAUCAAGUUCAUCAAGGAAACCUAUCCCGAUCUGCAGGUCAUUGGCGGCAAUGUGGUAACACGUGCCCAGGCGAAGAACCUUAUCGAUGCUGGCGUGGAUGGCCUGCGCGUCGGCAUGGGCUCCGGCUCGAUAUGCAUUACCCAGGAGGUCAUGGCCUGCGGCUGUCCACAGGCAACGGCCGUCCAUCAGGUAUCCCAAUUUGCCAAACAGUUCGGCGUCCCGGUCAUUGCCGAUGGCGGCAUCCAAUCGAUUGGGCACAUUGUCAAGGCCAUGGCAUUGGGUGCCAGCGCUGUGAUGAUGGGCUCCCUUUUGGCCGGCACCUCAGAGGCGCCCGGCGAGUACUUUUUCUCGGAUGGUGUGCGCUUGAAGAAAUAUCGCGGCAUGGGCUCCCUGGAGGCCAUGGAGCGUGGCGAUGCCAAGGGUGCGGCCAUGUCCCGCUACUAUCACAACGAAAUGGAUAAAAUGAAGGUCGCCCAGGGCGUCAGCGGCAGCAUUGUCGACAAGGGCUCCGUUCUGCGCUAUCUACCCUAUUUGGAAUGUGGACUGCAGCAUAGCUGCCAGGACAUUGGCGCCAAUUCGGUCAGCAAGCUGAGAGAGAUGAUCUACAAUGGCCAACUGCGCUUCAUGAAGCGCACCCAUUCGGCCCAGCUGGAGGGCAAUGUGCACGGCCUCUUCAGCUACGAGAAGCGUCUCUUCUAACAUACAAACAGUGCUGCGGCGUCGUCCGCUGGUGGCAGCCACUAUCAACAGCAGCAGCAGCAGCACACAACAACGCAGCAUCAACAUCAGCAGCAGCAGCGG